AUGGCGAAAGACAAUGAACGACACCUGGAGGUUGUUGUUGAUAUUGUUUAUGUUGUUGUGGAUGUUGUGGUAGAUGUGGAUGUUGUAGUUGUUUUGGAUGUUGUUUAUGUUGAUGUUGUGGAUGUUGUUAAUGUUGAUGCUGUGGAUGUUGUUUAUGUUGAUGUUGUGGAUGUUGUUUAUGUUGAUGUUGUGGAUGUUGUUUAUGUUGAUGUUGUGGAUGUUGUUUAUGUUGAUGUUGUGGAUGUUGUUAAUGUUGAUGUUGUGGAUGUUGUUUAUGUUGAUGCUGUGGAUGUUUUUUAUGUUGAUGCUGUGGAUGUUGUUUAUGUUGAUGUUGUGGAUGUUGUUUAUGUUGAUGUUGUGGAUGUUGUUAAUGUUGAUGCUGUGGAUGUUGUUUAUGUUGAUGUUGUGGAUGUUGUUUAUGUUGAUGUUGUGGAUGUUGUUAAUGUUGAUGCUGUGGAUGUUGUUUAUGUUGAUGUUGUGGAUGUUGUUAAUGUUGAUGCUGUGGAUGUUGUUUAUGUUGAUGUUGAGGAUGUUGUUUAUGUUGAUGUUGUGGAUGUUGUUAAUGUUGAUGCUGUGGAUGUUGUUUAUGUUGAUGUUGUGGAUGUUGUUAAUGUUGAUGCUGUGGAUGUUGUUUAUGUUGAUGUUGUGGAUGUUGUUAAUGUUGAUGCUGUGGAUGUUGUUAAUGUUGAUGCUGUGGAUGUUGUUUAUGUUGAUGUUGUGGAUGUUGUUAAUGUUGAUGCUGUGGAUGUUGUUUUUGUUGAUGUUGAGGAUGUUGUUUAUGUUGAUGUUGUGGAUGUUGUUAAUGUUGAUGCUGUGGAUGUUGUUUAUGUUGAUGUUGUGGAUGUUGUUAAUGUUGAUGCUGUGGAUGUUGUUUAUGUUGAUGUUGUGGAUGUUGUUAAUGUUGAUGCUGUGGAUGUUGUUAAUGUUGAUGCUGUGGAUGUUGUUUAUGUUGAUGCUGUGGAUGUUGUUGGGAUGUAG